UUAUCAGUAUAAACAAGAUGGAGCCAAAUUUUGACUGGCCAUGGCAUUACAAGUUUCCUCCAUUUUUCACAAUCCAACAAAAUUCAGACACAAAAGCUCGUCAAUUAGACCUGUGGUGUAAUCUGGUAUUGACAUAUUAUAAACACAAAAAGUUGUAUGUUUUCGAUGUAAAUGAAGCUCAGAAUAGUCCGUUGUUUUUUAAUAAAGAGAUAAAUAGGAAAUUACCAAUUGAAGGAAUAAACUUGGUCUUAGAAACUCUUCGGAAAAGAGGUAAUUUAGAAUGGCAAGACAAGAAGGCUGAGAGAGGUUAUAUUAUGUGGAGGAAGCCAGAAGAAUGGGGAUCACUUAUAUAUCAGUGGAUAAAGGAUAAUGCAAUGACUGGAACAGUCUGUACCUUAUUUGAACUACAACAUGGAGAUGAUACAAAAAAUCAAGAAUUUCAUGAUAUUGAUAUGUGGAUGUUAAAAAGAGCACUGCAAACGCUUGAGGUAAAAAAUAAAGCUCAGAUUUUUGAAGGACCAACGCCUGGUGAUGACAGUGGCUUGGGAGUGAAAUUCUUCUCCUGAUUUCUCAUUUCAAAU